AUGGACAGGACUACUAUUGCCAACUAUGUCUUUCAAAACGAACAACUAGCCACAAGCCACCAUGAGGCUCUUUCAAAUUGUUUGGACGCUGCCAUAAACAACCCCUUCAUCAACAAGACAAACCUUCUAGCAUCGUUACCACUGUCUAACGACACUGCUCUCGCUUCUUUGCGGCUACUCACAUCCUUGCUCAACACAUUACCAGGAUCCUGGCCGACAUUUGACCUAUCAUGUUGUUUCUCGAGGUUGUGGAACCUUCUUCCCGAAGAUGUGAAAGCUGGCAGAAACACGGAACAUAACGCCCUUCUGGACACCCUAUCACAACAGAUGAAGAACACUUAUUCAGAUGUCUGCUCGCUACUCCCCGAGUCAGAUACCCCCGCAAUUUAUGGCGCCUCAUCUUCAAACCCCACCAGCCACAGAAGGCUACAUCAGUUUGUAAGGGAUUUCAGUUUGCCUACCAAGCAGACUACUGGAGCUAGGACCGUCGUUGCUCUAGCUCUACCAAAUGGUCCCACGCUAGGAUUGGCUCUUUUGGCUACUGCAACUUACUAUACAGCAGCUCCUGUGACAGUAGCGUCAGGACCAGAACAGUUCCAAAGCGAUGUCAUGCAAGCAGGAGCUAGCAUCGUUCUUGUAACACGACCAGAUGUUCAAAGACUAGGACUGGAUGGCUCUUGGGUCCGCGAUGCUGGUAUUGAAGUAAUCAUAGUCGAAUCCAAGGACGACGCAACUUUCGACAUGACUUAUAGCAACGGAUCUCCCGUGGUCGUCAGCUCGAAAUCUAAGCCCAACGGAUCUGACGAUAUCGCUCUCGUACUGUUCACAUCAGGCACUUCUGGUAAGAAGAAGGUCGUACCUUACACCGUCCACACCAUUAUCUCCGGUGUAGGAUUUGUCAUUGAAUCCUGGGGCCUGACCAAGAAUGACAUUUGCAUCAACAUGAUGCCGCUCUUCCACGUUGGUGGUAUCGUCAGAAAUCUGUUCGCUCCCAUCAUGGCUGGUGGCUCCACAAUCUGCUGCCCAGCCUUUGACGCCAACUUGUUCUGGGAUGUCGUUGAGGAUUUGAAACCGACCUGGUACUAUGCCUCUCCUUCAAUGCACUCUGUCAUUCUUGAAGAGGGUCGCAACCGCCCAUCAGCACUGGAGAACAGCAAGAUGAGGUUGAUUUGCAACGCAGCUGGUGGUCUUCUGCCUUCGCUUGCAUGCACACUACGUGACACAUUCAAGUGUAUUGUUCUUCCAAGUUACGGUAUGACUGAGUGUAUGCCUAUCUCGAGUCCACCUCUUAACUAUCAACUCGACCGAUCUGGCACAUCUGGUGUCAGCGUUGGUCCAGAUAUGGCUAUUCUCGAUGGAAACGACAGCAGACUGCCUAUCCACACAGUCGGCCGCAUUGCUGUCAGAGGUGCACCUGUGUUUGGUGGAUACCUGAAAGAAAACGAUGUGUUGGAUACUUCUUGCUUCACUGCCGAUGGUUGGUUCGACACUGGUGACAUGGGCUAUCUGGAUGCAGAUGGGUACCUUUACGUUACUGGCAGAAGUAAGGAGGUCAUCAACAGAGGUGGUGAGCUCAUCUCUCCCUUCGAGAUUGAGGAAGCUGUUGUCACUGCUGCCAAGCGUGAAGGUAACCCUCUCUUCGGUCGCGUCUCUGCUGCUCUGGCAUUCUCAAUGCCUCACGAUGUGUUGCAGGAGGUUCCUGGUGUGGUCUUGGUUACUCCUCUUGGUGCCCGUCGUGCCGACAUCAAGACCGUCCAAGAGGCCUUGAAAGACUCCUUGAGUCAAGUCAAGUGGCCCGCCUACGUUGUGUACAUGGAUGAUCUUCCCAAGAACAACAACAAGGUGCUGCGUAUCAAGCUUGCAGAGCGUCUUGGUCUAAGUGAGAUCACUGACGAGACGCCUUUGGCGGAUCGCCAUUUUGAAGCAGCUUGCCCUCCACCAAACACUCCUCUCAGCACCCGCAUUGGUGGUUCAAUCUGUUCCUUCGAUGCAGCAUUCCUGUCACGCAAGCUCUCGACUGUCUUCGGCACGGAUAUCGACAUUGCUGUCAGAAAGGCGUCUCAUGAUGGAUACCCAGAAGCUUUCCUCGCUCCUCGCAAGAACUCUACUAUCACUCCAGUUAUGUCAAGCUACCCUAGCUUCGACUCGCUUCUACGCGCUGAACUUGAUGGUUACCUCAUCCCAAGCAAAGUGCACUGCCUCGAUGUUCCCUUGCCCAGAGAUAGGGAGGGCUCUCUUGACAACGCCCAGCUGGAGACCCUAAUCGAAACCGGUCCUGAUGAGAUUGGUGGAGAUAUGACUUCAACCGAGGCCAAGAUUGCUGAAGUCUUCGUCCGCAUUCUCUCAUGUGCUGCUUCCGAGCUUACUCCCGAAUCAGACUUCUUCGCUUUGGGAGGUGACAGUCUUCGUGCUGGUCGUUUGUUGUCUGAGCUUCGCAAAGAGUUCAAGGUUCGCCUGCCUAUUGACCUGCUUUUCGUGCACAGCAAAAUCAGCGCAUUGGCCAUGAACAUUGACGACAUGCGUGGUCCUACUGAUGAGAAGCAUGCCACUGCUGAAGCUGAGCAGGCUCCUGCCAACUACGGUUGCGAGAAGACAUACAGCUCCACCAACCCCCUUGUCCUCUUGAUCCAGCUUUUCCCCAUCGGUUUGCUCUACCCCAUGAAGCGUGCUUUGACCUGGACAUGUUUCAUGUACAUGCUCAGUGCCACACGCGACUGGAUCACUGCGACUAGGCUCAUCGGACGUCUCUUCAACUUGAUGCUCGCUCUUGGUGUUGCUAAGGCCGUCACCUUCAUCGUCUGCCCAAUUCUUGCCAUCUUCCUCAAAUGGAUUAUCAUCGGUACAUACAAGGAGGGUAUGUAUCCUAUGUGGGGCCCUUACCACACCCGUUGGUGGGUCACCGACAAGAUCAUCACUGUUCUUGGAAAGGGUUUCUUCGGUUCGUCUGAGUUUGGUACCACUCUGUACUAUCGUUUGAUGGGAGCAAAGAUUGGCAAAGGCGUCAAGAUCGCUAAGCGUGCUGUCAUUCGCGAGUUCGAUCUGGUCACGCUCGAGGACGGAGCAAACUUGGACCAAUGCAUCUGCAGAGGUUUUGGUGCUGAACAGAACACCAGCAUGUACCUUGGUCAUGUUCGCGUUGGCAAGGCAGCAAGUGUCGGUCUCGCGUCUAUUGUCGCUCCUGGAACCUCAGUGCCUGACAAUGCAUGCAUCGGUCCCAACUCGUCAAGCUGGGAAGCUGAUGAUGCCAGCGAGGAGUUCCGCGAUUUGUCUGCCAGCAAGAUUCCUGGAGCUCACCCUAUUCUUUCUUUCCUGUUGAUCACUCCUAUCUCUUUGCUUGUCACUCUUUGCAAGAACGGUCCCUGGAUUGGUGGUCUUGUUGGUCUUGUCCUGACGCAGCCCAAGCCUACUUCAGACAAGGUUCAGUCGAUUAUUUUGUGGUUUGCCGUACCCCAUCGUAUUGGUUGGCAUUUCGCUGCAAAGAUCUUCGGUGCCGGUGCAGGUCCACUCGCGUGGUUCUUUGCUGUUUGGGUUCUCAAGAAGGUAUUGGAUUUGACCAUCGGUAAACUUACUCCCGGACCGGCCCAGUCCAGAUCGCAGGCCCAACGCUUCCGUAUGGCUGUGCUCAAGGCUGUUGCACCUCCUGCUGCAUUCCACAAGGUUACUGAGCUUUUCGGUGGUCACUACGAGGCAACGUCAGUCUUUUACCGUGCCAUGGGUGCUAAGGUCGGACAGCGUGUUUACUGGCCUGGAACCGGUCCCUCGUUCCAGGACUUUGACCUCCUCGAUAUCGGCAGUGACAUUGUCUUUGGCUCUCGCUCUCAUCUGGUAACAUCUGACGGUACUGGCAGUGACUACGUUCGUGUCCAGGAUGGCGCCAUGAUUUCUGAUCGUGUGGUGCUUCUGCCUGGCGUCACCGUUGGCAAGAAGAGUGUCCUUGGCAGUGGUGCAUUGACUCGUAGAAACAAGUACUAUGAGCAGGAGACAGUAUGGGUUGGAAGCAAGGCUGGCGAAGCUGUGUGUCUCAGUGGCAACAAGCGUUCUGCCACCUCGGAUGCUACCAACACCCAACACGGCAUGCCCAGCUUGAACAGCACUACCAAUUCUAGCAGCGUGACGUUGAGCGANAAAGAAAAGGCCGACAACGAGAAAGCAAUCCAAGAGGGUGUGUUGAGCAGCAGCUCAUCUAUGACCGUGGUCGAGAAAGAGCAGGCAGCCGCAACCUCUUCGCCUUUUGGUCGCGCCUUCUACGAAGGCAAAGCCCCCUACCACGUUUUCGGCCCUUGGACCAUCUUCCUCUACUCAACCUUCACAACCAUUUUUGUCUCCUUCUACUGGAACAUCUCGUCCAUUGGUGCCCUGCAACUUGUCGCCAAGCUCAUCAAGACAUCCGACCCCGUCCACAACCCUGACACUCCCUACCGUCCAGUUCUCAUCUUCGCCCUCUUCGCCGCCUUCAUCGCUGUUCUCCACACUGUCCAGGUAAUUCUCGCUCUUGCCAUCGUUGUUGCUGCCAAGUGGAUUCUUCUUGGUAGACGCCAAGUCGGCAACUACGACUGGGACAAGAGCAGCUACUGCCAACGCUGGCAAUUGUUCCUCACCGUCGAGAAGCUGCGUCGUCAGUGCUAUGGUGGCGCUGGUGUCGUCGGUCUCCUCACCGGUACUCACUUCGCUGUCAUGUACUUCCGUGCUCUUGGUGCCACCAUCGGCAAGGACUGCUCUCUCUUCUCAGGCGGUCUGCCUUCGCUGAUGUUCACCGAGCCCGACCUCCUCACUCUUGGUGACCGCGUUGCCGUCGACGAUGCAUCUCUGGUUUCCCACAUUAACUCUCGUGGUGUCUUCAACCUCAACCCCUUAGUUGUCGGUGACCGCAGUGUGCUCCGAAGCGGUUCGAGAUUGUUGUCUGGUGCAAACAUGGGUGAAGACACUAUGCUUCUCGAACACACCCUCGUCAUGGCUGGUGAUGUCGUCGACGACGGUGUCACCUACCAAGGAUGGCCCGCAGAGGGCUUCGAGGGCCAUCGUGCCCCUCUCCGCAACGGCCCGGUCACCAUGGUGGCUGAGGCUUAG